GUGUCACGGGACUACUCAGUGACCGUAAAUCGUCAUUCCCCUGGAGCACUUUAUGAAAAUAAAACCGAGGUUUCCAAAUUUUGAUUUGACCACUCGUCGACCUCGAUCGCGCCAUGGCAAGGCGGCAUUGUACAAAGGCGGUACAAUCGAUGACACAGAGCUUCGCGGUAACAUAUACAGGUUUUCUCAACGCGAGACGUGACGUUCUGACGUAGCGCCGGUGACGAAGCCGCGCCGCGUCUGUUUAUAAAUAGUGUACAUCGGGCAAGUGAUACAUAUUCGACGUAACACCGGCUCGGCCGCAGUAGAGCCCGCGUCGUCAUCACAGUCGCGCGCCGGUCAUGCCUGCAAUUGUUUCGCAGUGAUCAUGUGCUUGUUGACGUUAAUACUGUGCGUCGGGGUCGCCUCGAGCGCCAGCGUUUACCGCUCCGGUGGUGGUCAGGAUUAUGAGUACUGCGGUGGCGCACAUUCGAUUAAUGAAAACCAGCCGCCGCUCGGGCUGCCGCCUCCGCUCGGGCAUCGGCGUCAGAUCCGGCUCCUCGACGACAGACCUGUGCGGGAGAAUUACGAUUACGGUGGUGGGGGUCAUCAUCGGGAGGAACGGCAGGGCUUCGAUAGGAGGCACGGUCGCGGGGACCGUGCCGCACUAGGUCUUGGCCCGAACGGGGCCCAACCGUCCGGCGACAGGUACGGCGAGGCCCCCGGGCUCGGGCCCGGAAGGCCGCCGGCCGGGCCGCCCGCGAACCCGCCCCGGACCGAGCGUCGGGGCUUCGGCGACAGAUCCAACGAAAUCACUGACGAGAGCAUCGACAGAAUACGGACGACUAUUUACUCCAACGUCCCGACGGACCGGCGGCCACUCUACGCCGACGCCUACGGACACGAGCAACACAAUUUCAACAAUCGACGGUCGGGGAGCGAUAACGAGUAUCGCGGAGCGGGCGGUGCCGGGCCGGCUGGCGGCGACGACAGGCGGGACCCCGUAGCCGACGCGAGCCAGUCCCGAGAUGACAGCAGGUGGGGAACCAGCGACAAGAACACACGACGAGAACCCAAUACUACGUUUGGGUCUCGUGGAGCGCAUACCGAGGCUGCGGCGAACGACCGGCCGGCCGAGCCGGGCGCGAACGGCGACGCGACCCGCGGCCGGGGGGCCGGGGUGGACUCCACCUGGGUGUGGAGCUCCAACGCGGAGACGACCACGACCGCUAGCACCACCCCCAUGGAUCUGGACAACCGCGCCAGCUUCAGCGGUGACAACUGCCCCACCGGCCAGAUCAAGGUCGAAGGCAAGUGCGUGGAGACCCACUAGAGUGCAGAGGCGGCUUUCGGCGACCUCGCGGGAGUGUCAAACAUUUUUAGACGCAUCGGAGAUUACCUGUAUCUCUGUGUAUAAGUUACGGUGUACCAAUAUUGUGGCACCCUACCGGUGUCUUGAUGUGAGCUUUAAAAGAGAGUGAAAUAUGUUCCAUGUCAAGUGUACUUACCUGUUUCUGGUUUACUGUGAGCUCUAUCAUAUUGUCAAUAUAAUAUCAAUUAAUUUAUUGCCUAAAUGAAAUUGUUAAAAAUUUGGAAGUGCUUUAAUUUAGUCAGAAGUUAGUAUAGUUGUUAAAAUAUUAUUUAUUUGAUACUCUGGCAUUUGAUCAAAUCAAUUGCUCGCUAGUAGGUAUAAAAGGGAGGCACUAAUGUCCUUUUUAAUAAUUAUAGUCUUAGUUUAUACAAUUUUCCUUGUAAUAUGUAAACACUUCACAGUGUACAUUUAGUUUGCAACCAAUAUUAUAAUAUUAUUAACAUUAACCGGCGCCUCUUG